AUGGAUCUUUCUUGGUGUAUCAUCUGCGAUCGUCACUGUGUCGACAAUAGUCUGUAUUGCUCUGAAUCAUGUCGCUUUCAAGACAUUGCCAGCAAUUAUAAAAACAAGCCUUCAAAUGAUCUGUUUAAUACCUCAAAUACCUCUCUCGUCACUCCUCCUGCUUCUCCAGAAUUAACACCUUUCUUAUAUUCAAUUCACGAUCACCGUCGUCGCUCUACUACCAAUGGAAGCUUUAAUCAACAGCAUCAACACUUUCCUUACAAGUUCACUCCUGGCUCUCCUUCUGAGUCAAGUUUAUAUGCCGAUGAUACAUAA